AGAAAUGAGAAACGCAGCUGCUAUGGCUGUACGGCAAUUGCUUCGCACCGUCUUAUCUGGAAGCUCCUCCUCGUCAUCCACUGUUACCGCCAUUUCCUCCUCCCCUCCAAAACCAAAAACCCCAAUUUCAAAUCAGCACUUUUCCCCCAACCUCCACCUUCCGAAACGCUGUCGUUUACUGUAUAAUGUGUAUGCUACGAAACCAAUGGCGAGAUUAAUACCAAUGGCCAUGGCAGCCUCUCUAUUCCCCCACAUCACCUCCCACACUCUCGCUCUCAAACCCUAUAUCUGGCCUUUUCCUCGCUCUCCAACCCCGACAACUCUCCUCUUCCUCAGACCCUUCUCUCUCUCCGCCCGCUCCGUCAACUGCUUCUCGGUCCCCCAAACUCCGCGCGCUCCAAACAGCUUCAAUGGAGAUGUAGGCCCUUACUUGUCCUGUUCUAUGCCCCAUCAGAGCCUUAAAGUCGCCGUCUUGCUUAGCGGUGGCGUCGAUAGCAGUGUCGCCCUCCGCCUCCUCCAUGCCGCCGGUCACUCCUGCACCGCCUUCUACCUCAAAAUUUGGUUCCAAGAAGACUUUGAGAACUAUUGGUCAGAGUGCCCAUGGGAAGAAGACUUGAAGUAUGCAAAAGCUAUCUGCAAUCAGGUUGAUGUCCCACUAGAAGUUGUGCAUUUGACGGAUGAAUAUUGGAAGAAUGUGGUUUCCUACAUUAUUGAAGAGUAUCAAUGUGGCAGAACUCCUAACCCCGAUAUUCUUUGCAAUACAAGAAUAAAGUUUGGUGCAUUCAUGGACGCCAUCAGCAGUAUGAAGUUUGACUAUGUGGCAUCUGGGCAUUACGCGAAUGUUGUCCACCCACCUGCAAGUCAAACGGACAAAGAUUCUGUUCUAGAACUCUCACAAGAUAUGGUGAAGGAUCAAACAUACUUCCUUUCAAAUCUUUCUCAGGCCCAGCUUAGGAGAUUAAUAUUCCCACUUGGUUGUCUGUCAAAGGAUGAAGUUCGCAAACUUGCAACAAAGUUUGAUCUGCCUAACAAAGACAGAAAGGAUUCACAAGGAAUAUGCUUUCUAGGGAAGAUCAAGUUCAGUGAAUUUAUAGCGAGACACAUAGGGGAGAAGGAAGGUGUCAUAUUGGAAGCUGAGUCAGGAGAUUUCCUAGGAAAUCAUCGGGGGUUUUGGUUCUACACAAUUGGUCAACGACAAGGUCUACACCUCCCUGGAGGACCCUGGUAUGUUGUCGAGAAGGAUAUAAAAAACAAUGUCGUUUUUGUGUCAAGAAAUUACUUUUCAGUUGACAAAAGAAGGCGCCUGUUUCGUGCAGGCUCCUUGAAAUGGCUAAAUGGUUUGUCCCCAAACCAGAUCAGUCAGCUAGAGUGCAAGGUUAGGCAUGGGCCUGCCUUUUGUAAGUGCAGCUUUAUAAUGGAACCUGGUGAAGAUGGUCAUGAAGAUGUCGCAGUUGUCCACUUAUCUCAAGAUGAUCAAGGCCUGGCAGCUGGGCAGUUUGCGGCCUUUUACCAAGGAAGAACCUGCUUGGGCUCCGGUGUAAUUUUGGAGUCUUGGGAUGAUCAAGGUUUUCCAGUGUGUGCAAGAGCCCAUGAAAAUGCAAGAAUGGAAGAUAAAUCACUUCUCGGUAAACCAGUUAAGAUAAAAGUAAAGCCAGAGAGUCUUUUAACAGAGUCUGGUGAGGUAGAUGGCGUGGAACUUUGUGGAGGACUGAAA